CAUAACGCUACAGCCAAUGAAACUAGUUACUAACAACGUGAUAAUAGUUCCUGUGCAGCCAAAAACAUACAAAUAGCGAAACACGAAAAAUCAAAUGAUUAAGUGCCGGCACUAGCAAGCAAACCGAUAGCGAACGAUAGAGGUGGCCGAAGUAUUUCUUGGUAUUUUGAGCUUUUAUGUUCGUUCGUUUGUGAGUAGGCUUAUUAGAUGUUUCUUUUUUUUUAGUGUAAAACUGUAAAACAUGUAAAACUGUUUCGUUUGCUGUUUUUCUAUAGCCAUUUACGUAUACAAACAUACCAAAAGCCAUCCAUCGUAUCCGACCAGUGGAUCGAUCGCAUUUUCUAACGGCCAUUUAAGCAAGCAAGAACAUCAUCAAUCGUUUUUGUUGCUGUAGUAGGAUCUGAGCAAGAAGCAAGAGAAUAGCUCCAGUUAGAAGCUAGGUGCAGCUAAACUAUUGUUCUAGUCAAUUUGCCGAAACCCGAAAGCGAACGGAUUUUGGGCAGCGAAAACCAAAAGAACUGGUGUGAAGCAAGCAAUUCGGGUGCAACCCGACGAAGCGAGAGUGUGCGAGGAGGUAGCGCAUGAAAGAUCUUUGCGAAGCAGCUUAACGUUUUAUUAAUUGUGAUUUUUAUGUUAUUAUUUAAUCUCUUUUAAAAACACUAUCGAUCCCAGAUCCCGAUCAUCGGUGCCCGGACACUGAUAUCAUGCAGGUCCUGUGUAAAAAUGUGCAAGCAAACGGAUGAAAGCGGGAGAGUAACGAUCAUUGCACGAUCUGUUUGCACUGUGCUAGCGUAAUUUGAACAGGCGCUUCUUUAAUAAAAACGAAAUCGAUGGAAUGAAACUGAAGAAUGCGUGGGAAAUUGUGCGAUUGCUGAUUGAAGCUGAUCCGAAUGUGUGCAAUCAAAACAAACCUGGCAGAUGACACUGAGUGUGGUGUGAUGUGUUGUAACCUUUCGAAGAUGUGAAACUGUGUCAAACAAUCUUUCAAGCGAUUACAAUGAGGCAUAAAUUUAAAUCCUCAAUCACUCUGCUCCGAUUGCAAUUCCUAUUAAGGAGUGCGAUUCCUCAUCCCCUGCACUGCACCGUGAAUCAUCUGGCAAUGUUGAAGAGAAUGAUCCCCGGCUUUUGCCUUAUCGGUACCGCAAGGGUGUAAAUGAGCGCAGACUGCCACUGCAUUCAGCUGGCGGCGCCCGGUGGUGGCUCAUCACCAUGCAUACUUCAUGCUGACCUAUUGCCACUGGGACUACCUCACAGUGUUGGCCCCAGUCGGAAGCGAGAGCGGGAAUCACCAGCACGAUCAGCUCCAGUUCUUAGAUGCUUUCUGUCGCACGCUGAGGAUGACGCGUUCACUGCGAUACGAUCGAGACCAACAAGCAAGCGCACGCGCGCGCGGUGUGGAUGCGUUGGAGGCGUCUGGAGGUCAUCGCGCGGAUCUUCUCAUGUGGAGGAAAGCGAACAUAGCAUAGGAGGCCCCCUCCCAACUCAAGGAGGGGAUUUUGAAUUCGAGUUUCUAGAUACAAGCAACCAAACUGUCCACUUGAAAACCGCGUUGUAACAGGCAUGCCCGUACCAUAUGCUCAGCAGUUACUUUCAAGCGCUCAAACGCGAUUGUUGUUAGCAUAAGACGGGGUCCGAGUGCAUGUUUUUUUUCCAACCGGCACACAAGACCCUCCCUCGUGGGAGAUCGCCCCUGCGAUUGGUAGUAGUAGCCCGGCGCUGCUUGUGUUCGAUCGGCUAAAAUCAGUGAUUGUAUGUUAAUUUCCCAUUAAUUGCGCCUUGUCGGUAGCGCAAACACGACCCCGCGUGCACUAACCGUUUGGUCUCACAACGCUUGGUCUCACUGUUGAACGAGCUUCGUUUGGUGCAACACAUCUUGAAUUAGUGCAAGAUUCAUCACACGUGUAACGGAAUAUAAUCCAAUUCCAAGUCUUUCCGGCGACCAGUGUUCAAUGUCGCCGACUCCCGGUCGACGGUAGGGUGAAGUGACAUCAUCUUGUCUGAUAAAAAUACGUACCACCAAGCUGAAGGACACCGGUUGAGGUGGUUUUUGUAGUAACAGGUGUGGUGCAGUGAAGUGGAUUCCACAACAAAGUUGUGUUCGAGACCUACCUGUGAAGAAUUUUACGCCCAUUUGAUUUGAUCAACAAACUGGUGAUUUUCGAACAAAAAACGCACAUAACUUCUGUGAUCUAUAUUUGUUUAAUUCCCCACCUUCUGGGCGUAGUGGAGUGUGAUCGGUGUGUGUGUGUGUGUGACCUGUCCACCUACAAUAAUUCUCUGUUGGAGUAUUCAAAAUAAUGGGCAGCAAAGUGAGCACCUUCUGGCGGCGGGCAAACUGCUGCCAGUGUUCGUCGUGCACGGACCGUGGCGUCUCUGAGGAUCGAGGAAGCUCAAGGUACAAUCCGUUGGCGAAGCAUCCCCUCGUUUCCUGGGGAAUGGCCGAUAAAACAGAUUCACCCUCCGCUGAUGUGCUGACGGUAAAGUCGGUCGAUCUUUGCACGGAGGAAAACGGUAAAGAUCAUCACACCAAGCGAUAUGAGCUGAUGAGCCGGGAUGAGUAUAGUGGGAAGAUACCGAAGCUGGUCGUACGUCGUGGACAACCGUUCCGUUUGCGGCUGGUAUGCGAUCGUCCGUACGAUCGGGCUCGGGAUGCGUUGAGCCUUAUAUUCACCGUAGCUGAUGAGGAUCAGCCAACGCACGGUCACGGGACGUUGGUGGGCAUUCCGGUUAAUCAGUUCCCGGAGCAGCUUGGCGAACCGGAGGAAUGGGGUGCCGCGAUCGAAGCGAUCAAUGGCGAUCUGCUGCAGGUGUUGGUGAAGCCGGCGGCAACGGCUCCGGUCGGUCAGUGGAAGCUUGACAUUGAUACGAAGCUGCUGAGUGAAGCGUUCGGUAAGAGUUAUUCGCUUCCGCAGGCGUUCUACGUCCUGUUCAAUCCAUGGUGUCCGGAUGAUCUCGUGUACAUGGAAGAGAAAGCACACCGUCACGAGUAUGUGAUGAGUGACACGACACUCAUCUACCGUGGAUCUUACAACCGACUACGCCCCUCGGUGUGGAAGUUCGGACAGUUUGAAAAGCACGUCCUGGAUUGUUCUCUACUGCUGAUUGCAAAGAUCGGCAAGGUUAGUGCAACACACCGGGGCGAUCCGGUCAGGGUGUGUCGUGCCAUCUCGGCCGCAGUCAACUCGCCGGACGAUGAUGGUGCACUGAUGGGUAACUGGAGUGGAGACUUCUCGGGUGGAACUCUUCCGACCAAGUGGGUUGGAUCGGUGGAGAUACUGCAGCAGUUUUACAAGCGGCAGAAGCCGGUCAAGUUUGCCCAGUGCUGGGUGUUUGCGGGUGUUGUGUCUACAAUUUGUCGUGCCAUCGGUAUACCGUCCCGUGUCGUAACGAACUACUCCUCAGCGCACGACACGCAAGCCUCCCUCACGGUGGACUACUUCGUGGACAAGAGUGGCAAAAUUAUGGAGGAGAUGAACGCCGACUCGAUCUGGAACUACCACGUGUGGAAUGAGGUGUGGAUGCAGAGGCCCGAUCUGGGCAUCAGCUCCGAUGGUGACUAUGGUGGAUGGCAGGCGAUCGAUGCUACGCCCCAGGAAAGCUCGGACGGAAUGUUCCGCUGUGGCCCGGCAUCCGUGUUGGCGGUGAAGCUGGGCGAAGUGCUCAAACCGUACGAUAAUAACUUCCUCUUUGCGGAGGUUAAUGCGGACAAGGUGUUUUGGCGCUACACCGGGCCACACCAUCCGCUGAAGUUGCUGCGCAAGGAUGUGCUUGGAAUUGGGCUGUUUAUUAGCACGAAGGCGGUCGGCCGGUGGGAUCGGGAGGACAUUACGGCAAGCUACAAGUUUGCGGAAAAGUCGGAAGAAGAACGGGCCACGAUGCUGAAGGCGCUGAAGCAAGCUAACAGCUACUUUAGCCGCUACUAUCUGAAUGAGGAGUUCAACGAGGUUUACUUUAACUUUGAGCUGCGGGAUGAUAUUAAGAUCGGAGAACCGUUCAGUGUGAUAUUGACGGUAAAAAAUCGAUCAUCGGAAAACCGGCACGUGGUAGAGGGAUCGCUUCACGUCGAUACCGUGCUGUACACGGGCAAAGAUCGGGAAAGCGUAAAGGUGGACAAGUUCUCCGUCACACUAGAACCUGGCACGGAAGAGUCCAUUCGUAUGAUCGUUGAGUUCCACGAGUACUAUCGCAAGCUGCGCGAUCAGGCAGCAUUCAACAUCUCCUGUAUGGCGACCGUACUCGAUACGGAGUUUGAGUUCUACGCGCAGGAUGAUUUCCGUGUGCGCAAGCCGGAUAUAAAGAUAUCGCUGCUUGGUAAGCCAGUAUCGCAGGCACCUGUUGAUGUGCAGUUUACGCUUGAAAAUCCGCUCCCGAUACCGCUGCACAAAGGACUGUUCCAUCUGGAAGGUUCGGGUAUUGGCAAGCCGCUUCUUUUUAAGCACGCUGAAAUUGCACCCGGAGAGAAGGUCUCCAACACGUUCACUAUGACACCACCGUACUCGGGACGGUUGACGCUCGCUGCCAAGUUUACCUCGAAAGAGCUGGACGAUGUGGACGGCUUUUUGGCGUUCCUCGCCCAUCCACGACCGGAGGAUAUCAUCACGGAGGUGGAAGAUAACGUAAUCGUUGCCCGGACGGACGUGAUCGAUUAGGGAAUAGGGGCCAAAGAACUUGCCAUUUGUAGUCACUACUUACCAAUUGUAGGUUUAAAUCUCUCACUCACACUCUGACUCUCUUACUCUCUAUCCCUGUGUGUAUUACUCACUAACUGCCAACAUGAUGUGCGUAAUAUGUUUUGAAAAAAAUCAACUGUAUUUAAUUAAACAUUAUAGUAAACACAAAUAAACA